UGAGUCAGCCAACAUAGUAACAUGGUAACAUGGGGAGUGUUUCUAAGAUAGAAUGAUUCACCUCUACAAUCUCUUUUCUUCUCAAGAUUCAUCAAUAUACAUGUUCUGUCCAAUUCAGUAAUACUAUUUUUCAAUUCUUUUGCAGGCCCUAUUACCAAAUUUUCACAUCGUAUUUGGCACUGAAUAUAAUGAUUGAAUUUUUCUAUCACGCAAAACCUUAAAACUACUUACUUAUACUGCCUACCCUAACCUACCCCUACUCCCAAACCCACAUUUGACAUUUCUAUUGAAUAGGCCCCCCACAAGUUCAUAUCAUAAGACCAGUUUUUACAUCCAUAACGCCAAUGAACCAUUUCUCUUCAGAUUUUCCAGCAGCACUCUAGUGGACACAAAACCACCACCACCACAUAAUGGAAUUGCCUGCAAAAGUUUCAUAUUCAAAGCACAAAAACUUCAUGUUUCAGCCUCAAUUGUAUCCAGAAAACACCAUGUUUUGCAACCAGAACACUGCUAAUUUCAGCUUCAAACUAACCAAAGAAGAUGACGAAGAACUCGAAGAGCAAGAAAAGGAAGGCCAAUUAUACCAUGAACAAGAAAUGUCUAAAGAACCCUUGUUCGAAAAAUCAUUGACGCCAAGCGAUGUGGGCAAGCUGAACCGUCUUGUUAUCCCCAAACAACAAGCAGAAAAAUACUUUCCCUUAAAGGGUGGCGAUUCGGGAGAAAAAGGGUUGCUGCUAGGCUUCGAGGACGAGCUUGGAAAAUUAUGGAGAUUUCGUUAUUCUUAUUGGAACAGUAGUCAAAGUUAUGUACUCACGAAAGGGUGGAGCCGUUUCGUUAAGGAAAAAAGACUUAAUGCAGGCGAUAUUGUUCAUUUCCAGCGCCACCGGACUGACUUUGGCAGAACUUUCAUCGGUUGGAGGCGGAGAAACGGCGGCGCAGGGCAAGAUAGUGGUGUUUCUCUGCCACCUACGGUGGCUGGUGGUGGGUUGACCAGAUCAUUGUACUCUGGAUAUCCUUAUCCAUCACACCCUCAAGGAUCUUCACCCCCACACCUACCUGACUAUCUUCAUGCAGGGUCAGCAAUUAAGAACCAAACAAAACCAAGUGGGAACUCGAGAAAAUUAAGGUUGUUUGGGGUGAAUUUGGAGUGUGAGUCUGAGCCAUCCACACCAGAUGAGGGUUCAUCAAUUUCGAGCCAGGGUCAAGCCCCCAACUACCAAUAUCAUCAGUAUAAUUACUCCAAUUAUCAUAGGUUUAACAGUCACAUGGAUAUAAAUUUCUCUGGAGAUGUCAACCAAUGAGAUGUCGCCACGUGUGAGAUCUGUGGAUGUGACUUCCCGGAUUGGCUGAUUCCCAAGGUGCAAAAAAGAGAAUUAAAAAAAAAAAGAAAAAGAAAAGAAUUGUUUUUAAAAAAUUAAGGAAAUCCCAGAUUUUCUGGCGAGAGAAAAAGUGGUGUAUCUAUCAUUCGAAGGAAGCUCGAUUAAUUUGAAAGUGACUUCUUCAGGGAUUGGAAAGUGGAGAUGGGUCCCACAAGAUAUCACUGCUGACGUAAUCAGGUACCCCCGGAUGGAUCAAGAAUUUGAUUUUGCACUAACAUGUUGGAAUUUGUACUGCUGAGAUUCUGCCUCUAGAUUUUUCUCAAGUAUUUAUGUAAUGAGAAAUGAAAAAUGCAGUUUUCGUCCA